CUCGCUCAUUCUUUUUGCUGUUCGAGUGAGCGCGUGGCAGGUCGUUUCGCAGUGUUCCCGGUCCGGUGCAGUUGUAGUUGCAUUUUCGCCAGCGAUUUAGACGCCAUCUUCCGACUCCCGACAAGCCAAUCACCAUGAAGAUCUACAAGGAUAUCAUCACCGGCGACGAGAUGUUUGCCGACACCUACAAGAUGAAGCUGGUGGAUGAUGUGAUCUACGAGGUGUACGGAAAGCUGAUCACCCGCCAGGGUGACGAUAUCAAGCUGGAGGGCGCCAACGCAUCCGCCGAGGAGGCCGACGAGGGCACUGAUAUCACCUCGGAGUCUGGCGUGGAUGUUGUGCUUAACCACCGACUGACGGAGUGCUUCGCCUUCGGCGACAAGAAGUCGUACACCCUCUACCUGAAGGACUACAUGAAGAAGGUGCUGGCCAAGCUGGAGGAGAAGUCGCCCGACCAGGUCGACAUCUUCAAGACCAACAUGAACAAGGCCAUGAAGGACAUCCUUGGCCGCUUCAAGGAGCUGCAGUUCUUCACCGGCGAAUCUAUGGACUGCGACGGCAUGGUGGCCCUGGUGGAAUACCGCGAAAUCAACGGCGACAGCGUGCCCGUGCUCAUGUUCUUCAAGCACGGUCUGGAGGAGGAGAAAUGCUAGAUGGAUCCCAAUCCCCCAAACAAAACGGAACCUAUACUCAUGCAUACCUUCUACACACAUAUACAUAUUUAUCAGAUGCUUAGUUACAAUUUUGAAAGUCUUAAAUUUAUGUUUAAAAACGCUGACAAAAAUGCCUGUCUUCGAUCAGUGCGAUUUUAUAUCUAAUUUCUUUUUACCGGAGCGCUUAUAAAUUCGACAUUGUAUGUUUAUUGUUUAAUCACAGCGAGCUAAACAAUUCAAUUGCGCCACCUAUUGUAAUUAAAAUAAUAAUUUGAUAGCAACACCUACAAAUUAGUAUGCAUUUUCGCUAAGAUAUCAAAAAGCAACGAAGACCGAAAAUGGGAACACCAGUACUGAAAUUAAACGGAACACCUAUACAAAACAACUGUGAAUCCGCAUGUCUGUACUUCUUUCCAAAUCUGCAGUUAUGCGUAGGUAGACGCCGCCAUAUGGCGGCGUGAGUGGGAACGAGAGGGCGCCACCACCGUCUGAGUCACAGACUUCAGUUAGUUUGUGUUGUUGCUGCUUUUUGGGGCAAUCGCGGAGUUAUUGACCUUUGACAGUGAUGUACACAUGCCCCGCACCAAUACCGUUACCGUCAUUGGACAUUUUGGAGGUCAUGCGCAGUGGAACACGAUUUUCUGCACGUUGCAGUUCGACUUGCCCCAGUUUCUCACGUUGGCUUCGCCCUAACCUCAACCAUGCUAAUGAAAUGCGCCGCUCUCGCUGGAAUUUGGGAUUCUAUAAUCUAAUUCCAGGUCAAGCAAUACGUACGUCUUUAUCUGCUUGAAGGGCGGGGCUCUGCGCCCCAGGUGCUAUUUCCAUUUCAGCGAAACGUGUCGACCUGUUGCCGUUCGUCGCGUGAGAGAUGCGCACAGUGGACACUCGUUAGGGCGAACGGCGAUAUUGUCUGAUGUUCGAAAACAAUUUUUUUGAAAAGCACAAUAUAUUUUCCUAAAAUUGUAAAGAAUAUUUUAUUCAAGUAUUUGAAUCUAGUUG